AUGUGGAAUGAGGAGGUUACGUUCAGCGGAAGCGCUCAUGGAUUUAUGGAAGAAGUUGUUCACGGUGAUGUUGUCGAUAUGGGCAGCCGUGUCGGGUUGUUCGUCGUGUUCUCGUUGAUGCCCUUUGCCACAUCGUCCGUUGGCCACCCGCUGUUCCUCGCCUUCUACGCCGCUUUUCAUCGUCCCCUUUGGGCCAUCUCGCUCCUUUCCUUCCUUUACCUCUCACAUCAUGGUUCUUUCGCCGGAGCAUGCUAUUUUAACCUGGCGCAUCUUUUCACCACUAUCGAAGCUCACAUGGAUCGCUCUCGUUUUCACCGAACCGAUUAUACUCUACUUUUUCUCAUCUAUGCGGCGGUAUCGGCAAGUACGUUGGCCUACCUCGUCGCGCUUCUGAUCGACAUCUUCCUGACGAGGCCGAUUCGAUGCCUUCUACAUCGUGAACACCUUUAUCGGUACAGAUCAGCUCAGACCAGCUAA